CCACAGUGAAAAUGGAAGGGGUUUUAUUCAAAAUAGCCACAUUAGUCCGUACAUUACGGCAAAUGUGUUACGUAAGUGAUUCAUUGACUGGUCUGGAGGAAGCCUGUAGCGUGAGGUGUUAGGGUACUGAGAGAUGCUGAAGGAUGUGCAUCUGGAAUAAAAUAGGCUGUUUAAAUCGUAUUUAGAUUUCGGAUCUUUCAGCACCGUUUUUCUGAAAUACCCUCCACGGUUGUCUUACCACUUUUAUGAAAGAAAAAGCAGUCUAUAAAAAUAUUUUGAAAUCUAAUCGGCAUUAGCACCAUUUGUUAGUUAUGUAAAACUGAUUAAUAAUUGCGAACGAAUAUUUUAUUCAUGAUGAUGCUUUGACAUUUUACCGAUUCUGGCCUUUUUUAUUACGAGGAUUGUAGUGACUGUUUUUAACUUUAUGCAUUGCAAACAUCACGUCUGAAAAAAACGAAUACCCAAGGAGGUUUUUCUUUCCCAUUUGCAUGCUUUUUCCUAAACACCGCUUUGUCUGGCGCAUCAUCUAUGAGUGGAAUUUCUGGAGAACUACAAAAUCAGGAGCACGAACCUAUGACGCAAGAGCUGCGAGCUGCAGGGAAGAGACACCAGGGGGAACAAUGGCAGCGGGAGGCUUAGGUGACUAUGAAGUAGACCUCCACCUGUCGGUCGGCUUUCUCAGAGAGCAGCUGGGCGGGACCAUCGAGGAGGCGGUCCGGACAGCAGUCGAAACGGUUCUGUGCGAGACGGUCCGGCUCCUGGGCCAGCGGCUGGGGUUCCUCCACGGGGCCCGGGCCCAGGACAGUAGUGGGACUCAGAGCCUGAAGCUGCGACUUGAGGCGACAGGUGGAGAAUGGAAGGUGGGGGGUGGUGGCGACCAGGGGGCCGCCGAGAUGGACUUCGGGGUUGUGGGAAAGACCGCAAGGAGCAUGAAUCGGGCGAACUUCGGGACUCAGAAACCUCACCUCCACGGAGGGGACCCAGACCCCCCCCACGACGAACAGGCUGACUUUGGAGUGUUUUCCGACCCCUUUGACAUGGAUUCAACUGGAGCCCGGGUGGAGGACUUUGAGGAGGGACAGGACAUGGGGCUUCCGGAAGAUUGGGAGCUGAUGAACAAAGUGUACAAGGUGGAACACAGUGAGGGCCUAUCCUUCAUCGACGAGGGCGGGACUGCGCACUACGCCGAGGACUACCUGAUGCAUGACCGCGACCUCAGGAUCAUCACAGUGCCGCAGGAGGAGGAGCUGCCCCAGCCAGACACACCUGCUGUCCAGGACAGCUUGACAAAGUUCAGCCCGGCAGACAUCAAGAAAGAAGCGCCUGAGGCACAGAGUUCUUCCACUGUGACUGAGACUCCAGCGCUGCCCCCUGCUGGCGAGCCCCAGAGUGAGGGUCACGGUGCUGGCGAGCCCCCUGUGGAGUUUGGCCCACAGAACUACCUGGAACAACUCCGUCUCUGGCUAGAGCGACUCUGCCCGGAGGUGAUGCGGGAGUAUGAGCGUGACGGCUGCCUCUGCGAGCUCUCGCGCCGAAAGCUCAUCAAGUUCGCCGUGUCCUUCAUCAUGGACGAGUUCGGAUUUUACCCCACCUCAGCUCAGAAGACCAUGCUGGCGGAGCACAUUGUGGAGCUGUUCCCCAGCCUCCGGCUGUGUGUGCCCUAUGCUGGGAUCAAUGGCGUUGAGCAUCUGUAUGACCCGGUGUCACGGACUGGGUACAUCGAGACGCGGCUGCGAAAUUUCCGGCGGACGCUCGAGGCUGACAAGAAGAAGUACGUUCUGAAGCGCCGGCGAGCCGAGCUGGGCCUGGUGAGCCAGACUCCGGUGCCGAAGGGGGCACAGGGUGGCGAGGAAACCCGCAAGUGGGUGGCGCUGCUGAAACGGACGAGCCCGCUGACCAAGAACCUGCCCACAAUCCGUGCCGCCAUGGAGUGCACCUUCGCUGCCCGCAGGAAGUGGAUGAGCAGCGAGCGGCCCAGCAUGGGCGCCGUUUUGGCCGAGUAUCCCCGGUUCCUGGACGUCCCCUCUAUGAUUGACUUGGAAUUUGAGAAGAUGUUCCCAGGAAAGGGAGAUGCCUUCCUGUCCAAGUGGUCGUCACAUGUGGUGCCCAGGGUGCGGCAGAUCGCCGAGCGUGAGGGUCCCCCGGAAGUCGCCGAGCUGUUGCAGCAGGCCAGCUCACAGCCAGAAGAUUCCUGUACCCUCACCAUGCUGAAAGUGCUGGUGCUUCUCCUACCCCCAUCUGGCACCGGCAGAGCCUCUCAGGCCACGAAGUCUGCCAGCAGGCAUACAAUUCACUACCUGGUGGACCUCGUCCCUAUGGACACCAAAGUGUCUACGCUAUUCCGUGACCCAACUGCAGAGGCGACUGGCAGCCCGGCGAGGCCCUACAUCCUCAGUGUUGGCCCCCUCGAUGCCCCUGGCCGUCAGCUCUACAUCUUGGCGCCCGCUGAGCGGGUCGCUCUGACCCUGCCUGAGGGCAGCCUAAGCAGCGCCGUGGACAAGCUCUUCAAGUUCCUGAAGAUCUUCAACCUGGACUACCCCAUACAGCUCUCCUCCCUCUACAGCUUCUUGGAGCAUCUAUAUGGCAUAGAGAAGCCCCACAGCACCCCCAGUGGCAAGAGGUCUAAGGUGCUAGAACUGGUGUCGGGACUCCGCAUGCUUUCCUGACACAACGGCAGUCAUGUGACAUCUGACCAUUGGGACUUACCCUUUUUUUUGCCUUGACCUGUAUGACUUACAAGUACUGGUGCUUACCUAAAUAUGGACAUGGGGAGUCCCAGUGCUCAGGGAUAACACAGUGUGCUGGUUUUUUAACAACAACUGGGCUUCUUGGACGGAUCACGCAGGUGAACACCUACCAGUGAGCAUCGGUCGCUCUUGGUUGUAAAGAAAAUGAACCAAAAUGACUAAAAGGGUAAAUGAAGCUAAAAACGAAACCCGUAACAUUACCCACAAACUAGACUGCAUAUUUUGGGCAAUCAAUUUAAUAUUAUAUGUUUGUGUUUCUGUAUGUCUGAUAUUUAGGUUUUAUGCCUAAAUGCAGUCAUGCACAGUUUGCAGUCUGUUGAAUAUUACUUCUAGAUUGUAGCCCAACAGAACUGAACUACUUUCGUAAAUUUACUAAGUGGACUCGUCAAUGGUUUACGUUUUCUUCUGCAUUUGGAGCUGGUGUGUGACUUGUACUUUGUGCAGACUCUCAAAGCUCCCUCGUCCUGCAUGGAUGGAGGGGGUUUACAGUAUCUGAGGCAGUAUCAGGUAUAGUUCUUCUGCCUGUGAGAAUAAUGUUGUUUUUCCAAUGUUGUCCUGUAGCUAGACCUAGAUUUUUGCUUUGCCAUUUCUGCUCUUUUUCUAUGACAAAUUGCGGCCAGUCGUCACUGCAGGAUUUGCCGAAGCCUGAGAACCGCUUUCCCUUGGUAUUUGGAAUUCUGUGCCAUACGGGAUGUGAGACGCUCGUGGGAAGAUUAUUUGGCCACAUUUAAAAUUUCCUUCUGUGGUGGCGGUCGUCCAUAAAUAUUGUAUAAACCAAAAUAAUGUGGUACAGGGUUCCUGCGCAGAAUGGAAAAGUAUGCAAAUUGAAAAGCCCAGGGUGGCAUCUUCGGGGGGGGGGGGGGCGUCCACUUGGCAAACCGCCGAUUCCAGCUCCCUUCCCCACAACUCUUACCGUCACCACCCCUUGGCAUGGUCUGGAAAACUACGGAAUUAUUUUAAAAUGGGAAGCGAGUGGGAACCCUAAGAGCAAAAUCAAAAGUCAAAAAUAAUGUUCUUUUCUGUUCCUCGGAGGAGAUGUGUCCAGCGGGACCCCAGUCCUUCAUCAGAAUGAGAAGUGUUUCGCAAUUAGCAGUCCUUAAUUUUUCUCUACCUAUUUAGCUAGUUGUGCUUUAUGGUUUGUGACAUGAAAAUUCGAUGCGUUUCAGUUCCGGUUACGCCCUUGAGGGGGGUACCUUGAAUUUGGUUAACACUCCUAUAUCUGCCUGGCAUUUGUGCAUUUUCUUGUUUUACGAUUGACUCUAUUAUAUCAUGGCAUUUGGAUGCAACACGUAGCUAUAGCGACGCGCCCAUGUAUCUACCCUAGACCUUGUGAAUGCUCCCCCCUCCCUUUGUAAUAUCAGUGACCCAGUCAGAGUUUUUGAGCGCAAUGGGAAAACAAAUAAAUCCAGUUUGUUUUGG